AUGCCUUGCCCCUCCCAAGCUUCCAAAGAGUUGUAUUACUGUAACACAACUGAAUCACAGAACAGAAGCGAUUCUUAUUCUGAAAACCAUGUUGCACUCCGGAAGCUUGAUCUAGACCAAACGGCAGUCGAGAAGAGCAAGGAGCUGCAGAUCCCAUCGACGGUUUCCGGCUCCGGGGGACUUCCAUUGAUCAAUCCUCGCGAUUUCAAUCGUCUCCUUCGUCGGAUGAGCGGUGGAGGAAAUCGAAGGCGGGAAGAGGGAAUUAGGGUUCUGAGUUAG